UGACCAAAAAUUUGGAUUAUUUACAGAAAAAUAAUCUAAUUUAAUCAUUUACAAUUGUAUCUCUAGCUACCCUGUAAUAAACUGGUAACAGACAAGAUUAAAUCGGACCAAUUGAUCAUUAGUCAAGACAUCUUUUCCAAAAAGUGUUUAAUUUAACGGUAACAAGUAAACAAAAGAUCCUUUAUUCACUAAACAAAAGAAUAUAUAUCAUUCACUUUCUCAUUGUCUUGUUCAUAUAGUAAAAAAAUGGAAAAGGAGAAAAGCAAAUUGAUAGAAGAGAUGGAGAGGGAGACGCAAAACGGUGCGUAUAAUGGGAGAGUGAUGACGGAGGAGCAGAUGGAGAUCCUCCGUAAGCAGAUCGCCGUUUACGCCGUUAUUUGUGACCAGCUCGUCCUCCUCCACAACUCUCUCUCUUCUUUCAAUCCCCUCUCAUCAGGAGUGAGGCCAGUGGUUGGCGGAUACUUUGAUCCGAUGGGGACAUCGUCAAGUUCUCAUAGGAUAUCGACUAGGCAUCGGUGGACUCCGACUUCAACACAGCUUCAGAUACUUGAGAGCAUUUACGAGGAAGGAAGCGGAACACCGAAUCGACGGAGGAUUAGAGAGAUUGCAACGGAGCUGUCUGAACAUGGACAGAUCACGGAAACAAAUGUCUACAAUUGGUUUCAGAACCGGCGAGCUAGGUCCAAACGAAAGCAGCCUCAAACAACGACGGCUAAUGGUCAGGCUGACGAUGUGACCGUGACAGCGGAGGAAAGGAGGAGUUGUGGAGAUUCAGGAGGAUUAGAGUCUUAUGAGCAUAUACUUUUCCCAAGUCCUGAUUUAGGGAUUGAGCACUUGUUGAGUAUAGGGAAAUUUAUGGAGAGUUAAAUUCGUAUAGACUGACAUAAAGGGACGAUGAAGAAGAUCUCUAAUCUCUUCUUUUUUCUUUUCUCUGUUUUCAUAAAACAGAAUUGUGUGUGUGACAUUAACAACAAGUCUUUUAUUGUACUUUUGUGUUCCUCAAAUUGAUAUGCCCACACCUUCUUUAGCAUCAGAAAGAAAAGUGAGGCCAUAUAAAAC